CAAUUUCGUUUCGACAUAUUUCGCGAUUCGUCUAAGCUUGGUGUAUGCAAUUUGAUUGGGUUUACUGGAGAUUGAUCUGUGACCUAAUCAAUGAGUGAUAACAUUGCUGGUUCAUCUGAUUUCUCAUCUGGUGUGUCUGCUCGAUUCCCUGAAGAAAGUUUGAAACUCAGGCUUGGUUUGUGCAGUUUGAUUGAUUUAUCUCAUUACUUGACUCUGGUGUACUUGAUUCUUUGAUGAAAGCUUGAAGUUAAUGUUUGGUUUGUGCAAUAUGAUUGGGAUUAACUGCAUUUGAUCUCUGACCAAAAUCAGUGAUUAAUUACAUUGCUUGGUUAUCUCAUUACUUGAGUUUGGUGUUCCUGCAUGAUCCCCUGAGCUUGAAGUUCAUGCUUGGUUUGUCCAAUUGUGACCUAAAUUGAUGUUUUCUUGUGGUAUCUUUUCGUAGGUUUUGUUACUGAUUGAGAAAACAUGGGAGGUGACAAUGAUAAUGACAAAGACAAAGGGUUUCAUGGGUAUCCUCCCGCUGGAUACCCACCCCCUGGGGCUUAUCCACCCGCUGGAUACCCACAACAAGGUUACCCUCCACCACCCGGUGCUUACCCGCCUGCAGGUUAUCCUCCGGGUGCCUACCCACCUGCUCCUGGUGGUUAUCCUCCCGCCCCUGGUUAUGGUGGUUAUCCUCCAGCUCCUGGUUAUGGAGGUUAUCCUCCUGCACCUGGUCAUGGUGGUUACCCUCCUGCUGGCUAUCCUGCUCAUCACUCAGGUACUGUGUUUCUUUUGCUAAUGGUUUUUUUCUCCCAUGUAGUUUGCCAGUUAAGUGUUGUAAUGGUCACUGUACAAACAAGUUAAAAUAGGAGAAGUUGUUUAUAUGUUGUUUUGUGAUUGUCUGUAUGUUCAUUGCUAAAAUCUGAGAUUUAGUAUCAUAUUUGGUGUUAAAUGUCACUUUGGUUUCUUUAUUCAUGCUGUUAUUUAUACUUGUUUCAGGACACGCAGGAGGAAUUGGGGGUAUGAUUGCAGGUGCUGCAGCUGCCUAUGGAGCUCACCACGUAGCUCAUAGCUCUCACGGUCCUUACGGACAUGCUGCAUAUGGUCACGGUUUUGGCCAUGGUCAUGGCUAUGGCUAUGGUCAUGGUCAUGGUAAGUUCAAGCAUGGGAAGCACGGGAAGUUCAAGCAUGGGAAGCAUGGAAUGUUUGGAGGAGGCAAGUUCAAGAAGUGGAAGUGAUCUAGUUAAUACCUUUUGUGAAUCUGUCUGGACUGACCAAUGUUUCAAAUAAGCCCUAAACAUUAUAUAAGUUGACUUUCGUCGGUUAGAUUGCUGGUUCGAGUUGGAAUAAUUGAAACUUAAUUAGUAUCAAAUCUUAUUGUGUACUUUAAAGCUAUCGUUGGCUUUAUAAUGACAGAUUCUGGUUUCGGUGUGUUGUUUUAAGAUUUUUGUAUAUACUGUUUUUUACAUUGCUUAAGCUUAUAGAAGUCAUGAUUAUGAUU